AUGAUCUGGAGAUUGGUGGUCCUCGGUGGGUUGUGCGUCCUUCUCCUGGGUGCUGAAGGCAGCAGCUGCGGGGGGAAGACGGUGACUUUCCACCGGACUCAGCAGGAUGAGAGCCAGGGCCAAGGGCACGCACGCCCGAGGAGGGGCAGCUCCUCUGGCACCCCAAGGCCUUUCUACCGUCCUCCUUUCACCUCCUGUCGGACCCCCCUCACCCCUGACGAGCACAAGGUUCUGGAUGACAAUACGCAUGAGACAGGGUUUAAUGGUGAUGAUGGCUCCUAUGUGAUUCUUACAUGGGUGGGCGAUGGUACAGGGCAGGAGGCUCCUCACGACUUUACCGAAGAUUAUGCAAAAUCCUUUCAUGACAUUUCCCAUCGGAUCAACCACACCUUCAUAAGGGAGGAGUUUGGAGUCAGUGUUGGACCUGGAAGCUCUGUGAUACUGACAGCAGAUAUACCGGUGGUGGAUCACCCAGGAGGGAUCAUCUUCACCUCCACAGAUGCCGGAGCGACCUUCAAGUUCAUCCAACUGCCUUUCCACCUUGCUCAGCCAAUCACGUACCACUUCCUCAACCCUGACUACCUGGUGGCCCUCAGCAUUGACGGCGGUCUGUGGCUCUCUCUGGACUUUGGUGCCAAGUGGACAAAAGUUCAUGAUGGAGUGCAUUCUUUCUCAUGGGGUGCUGGCAUUAAUCUGUUCUUCAGCUUCAGUAGAGCAGACACAGUUGAGGCAGAUGAGAGGGGGGAUCUCGUGCUGAAGAGGACACAAGAUCUGGGGAAGACCUUCACCACAAUCCAUGAAGACAUCUACAGUUUUGGCUACAUCGGAGCCUUUCUCUUCUUCUCUGUGAUGGAGGACUCGAGAUCCCCUCGUGUCAUGUACUUCUCAUCAGACCAAGGAGAAACCUUCAGUCGGGCACUACUCCCCGCAGCCUCCACUGAGCAGUUCUACUCCAUCCUGGAUGGAGAUGUAGAUAUGCUCUUCAUGCACGUUGACAACCCCGGAGACACCUUCUUUGGAACCAUGUACACAUCAGAUGAUCGCGGUAUAUUAUUCUCUAAAUCACUGGAGCGCCACCUGUUCGAUGGGCACAGGAAGAGUGAUUUCACCAACAUCACGUCACUGAGAGGAGUCUACCUCACGAAUAAACUAGACAAAGAUGGCCGUAUAAGAUCUGUCAUUUCCUUCAAUAGAGGAGGGAUGUGGAGGCAGCUUAACAAACCUGAGAAUGUGGAAUGUGAAGAGCAAAUCAAGAAUUGUCACCUUCACAUUCAUGGAGAGCACAGUCGUAACAACCGCAUCGUUCCCAUGCUGGCUCUGUCAGAGCCCACUGCCAUCGGUCUGGUUAUCGCUCAUGGUACCGUGGGUGACUCUCUGUCAUCGUCGCAGCACCCUGAUGUGUUUGUCUCUUCAGACGGGGGUUAUAACUGGAGGGGCACACUGAGGGGUCCUCACCACUACAGCAUAUUGGACUCAGGGGGUCUCAUUGUUGCUGUGGAGACUCAGCGUGAAGGACAAGUCAAGACUAUCAAGUUCUCUACAGACGAAGGUCAGUGCUGGAAGUCGUAUAACUUCACCGAUCAGCCCUUCUUCUUCGCAGGCCUGGCGUCUGAGCCGGGUACUAAGGCCAUGAAUGUCAGCGUGUGGGGGUUCAGGCCUGAAGAGGACAGCCAGCCCAUGUGGGUUGCUGUCACCAUCGAUUUUCAGAGCCUCAUUACAAGAGAGUGUAAUGACCAGGACUAUGAAGAGUGGUUGGCUCAUGCUACAUAUGAAGGAGAUUUGAAAAGAAGGGGUUGUCUCCUGGGUGUCAAAGAGACCUACAGGAGGCUAAAGAAGCAAUCUGUGUGCAGAAAUGGCAGAGGUUUUGUGGUGAGCAAGAAGCAAAGCCCCUGCCUGUGCACCAGAGAAGAUUACGUAUGCGACUACGGCUACUAUCGCCAUGUGAACACAUCAGAGUGUGUGAGACAGAACGCUGCAAACAAAACCUUGGAGCUCUGUCUGAAUGGGGAGGAGGACGAGCUUCUGACAGCUGGGUACCGUAAGGUCCCGAGUGAUAGGUGUGAGGGGGGAUUCAACCUCCAGCUCGCAGUGCAAACAGUCAUCAGACCCUGUGGGGUUAAACCAAGCCCCGGACCACCACCUGCCAAGUCCUCUUCUCCAAUCAGACACUUUGACACACCACGGGAGAGGCUAGUUUUGAUCCUGGUGUGUGCUGGAGCAGGAGCCAUCGUGUUGGUAGCUAUCGUCUCUGCCAUCAUCGCUGUCAAAAGGGUGGUUCAAAGAAACAGUUCCCCAGUAUACCGUUUCUCCAACCUAAGGAUUCAGGAUGAAGAUAACAGCAACACUGCUGACCUUGAAAGCGCCACCAGCAGCAAUGGCACAGUCUGCCAGCAGGACUCAGACGAUGAUCUUAUUGAAUGACACGUGACCUAUCGCCAUGGAUUUAAUGAACGUUUCAAAUAACUCCAGCAGAUGUAAAAAAGACCAGAAAAGGUCUUUUGGACUAAUGUUUUGCUGGUAGCACUCACUGUGGAGAGUUCUGAGGAUUACAGUACAAGCAUGAGAAUGUCUUUAUUUCUUGAGCUUGCGCCAUUUCACAGUUUUAUUACUCACUCUUUGAUUUGUACAGUCUUCUUUUUUUAAUUGUGAUUUCAUUAUCUAUUUGCACCACCUUUUUACUUUCUCUUUUAAUGUGAAUACAAAUGAGUAAUCCUAAAAAUGUGCAUUUAUUUUAAAAAACACUACAUCAUAUUAUCAUGUGUUUCUUUCAGUUUAAAAUAUAUCACGGUGAUUCUUAAAUGUACAAUAAACCUCUGGGUCAAUCAAUCAGAGGACACUGGAGGCGCUGUAACGCCUCUCAUACUUUUCCGAAUGGACAGGGAAGAAGAAAAAGCAGGACGUCAGUGUUAUGGAAACAAAGAUCUGUUAUUAAUAUGAUGUAUCACUCGCAAAAACCUGCCCACUCUUACAGUGCGUCAGAAAGAUGCAGCGAAAUGACUCGUACAGUAGAUGUUUGGCCAAACAGACCACUAUUCAUGCAUUGUAUCAUCCGCAUGAGCGUAUGCAGUAAGGGAUAAAUUCACACCAAAAAUACAUCAGAGCAAAAUCUUUGUGCCUCACACAGACCACAUCAGCAAACACAUUUACUCAAUAAAAGUGACACCAUGUAAGCUGUCUUUAAGAACCAAUUAUGCUAAGGACAGGUUCCCAUAUUCCCUUAGUGCUUGCUUAAAGUACUAUCCUAUCCUUCUAAUAAAUAAUUCAAAUUGAUUUAUUCUUCAAAAACUGUGGUCAGGUGUUAACAAUAACAAAUAAAAUACAAAACUAACUGAAUAAAAGAUUAAACCACACCUAGUAUCCACCUUGAAUGGAAGAGACAUUGUGGUAAUGCAUGUUUGGCUUUAUUACAAUAUUAUCUGGUAUUUACUAAUGCAACAUUUCAUUUAAAUAUAAUGUAUUCUAAAUAACUUUUAAAAAGUGCUUUUAGAUUCUGCUCAGAGGUAGAAAACAAACACAAGAACCUACAGAACUGCCUGUUUGUUCGUCUUGAGUUUCUCCAACAGAGUGAAGCAUCUUACUGCCUCUCGUCCCUCUAACAUCUCAGCUGUCAUUACACCGAAUCACUGUUAUCAGUUUUGGUGAACUGCGCCGAGUAUUCGUGGUUACUGUGGCAAUUGCGCAGGUUGUUUGGUGUGUAACAAACUGAAUGAAGACAAAGAUGGUCAGGGCGGGUGGUAUUUUGAAGAUUGCAGCGCUCAUAUUUGCAUUCCUGCUAGCUGUCUUUCUGGUUUUUCAACUGCUGGAGAUAAACAUGGAGUUGAAUCUGAGCAGUGUGAUCUCGAGAUCUAUGCCUGUGAAUGAAGCAU